AUGAACCACCGCAGACACCCACUGUUGGACAACCUACAUGGAAAGGUUUCCCAUAAAGCACUUGAUUUGCUGGCAAAAGAGCUACUGAGGAAGCUGGAGGUGUUGCGGAAACUUAACGCAUCAUGUGGUUCCCAUAUGUGGCUUAGCUGUGGAUUGUCGUAUGCUUGUAGGCUGGAAAACUACAAACGUACAGGGCGUAUGAUACAACUCGACGACAUAGAUGUACUCUGGGGUAAGCUUGACUUGCUCUCGUGUAAACUGGUAGACGAGGAAGUCGAUGUUGUAGCAGAGCUCAAUAAUGUGCGGCAACAUUUAGAGGCGCAGUCCCCCGUUCAGCAAAAGAGUUUGCUUUCAAAGAUAAAAGCGGUCUUCACCCCGAAAUCGCCAAACAAGAAACCACCGAUCGUCCAGCAAAAUACUCGCGGUCGGCCUACAUCAAAGAAAGUACAAGAAAGGCUAGAUGAAGCUGCGAGGUUAGAUGAAGCUGCGAGGUUAAACGAAGUUGCGAGAUACAGCUCCUAUGGCGAGGACAGCAACAUACAUACCGCUUCCCCUAUACAUAGGUACGAUUUACCCCGACACAGCUCAUACGUACCGUCAGAGGGCUCUCGUGGAACUGGUUCGGUUGUAAAGUCUGAAAAACCUAAAAUGCAACGAAACAGUUCAACGAGUUCUAAACAGAAGGAGACGCGGGAUGAUCAGGGUUUUCCAUUAAUGAAGGGGGAUGAGCACUUGUUAAGCAUUAAGAGGUUUAAGAAUCAAAUUCCAUCAGAGUUUCACUCUUACAUAUCGCGUAUACAAGAUGUGACUAUAGACGGUCAUUGUGGGUACAGGUCUGUGGCUGUCGGGUUAGGUUUUACGGAACACGUAUGGCCAUGUAUUCGAAGUGAUUUACUACUGGAGAUUGACUAUAACGAGCCGCGUUGGAAGCAUGUAUUCGAAAGAUAUAACGAAGGAGACUUUAAACUAAUACGUAACAGCAUCGAAUGGCAUUUGAAAGGGUGCGAUCCAAGUCACUGGAUGGAAAUGCCCUACGUAGGGCUUCUCGUAGCGCAAAGGUAUAAUAUUGUCCUCCACGUGCUAAGCAUCGAAGGGAGCUCUACCAUCUUCCCAUUAACGGAUGCCCCACUAGAUCCACGACCUCAAGCGAUAACGCUCGUACAUGUUUAUGGGGGACACUUCAUACAUGCUAAGUUGGAAGGAGACUACCCCAUGCCUUUAGUGACCCCAUUGUGGUUGACCCAUCGAUCAAUAGCUGCGAAACGGUGGGAAGAAAUGCAUAGACCGCGGUUACAGCACUACUGCAAAACGGUCGAACCCUGGAAUGGAGGUCUAGAAGAUUUACAUAUUCAUGUUGUGUUCAUCGAUGCUCAGGGGAAGGGGAAGGGGAAGGGGAAGAAGAGUGAUGGUCAAGGAACCAUAUCCAUGUUGGUUUCAUCGAUGCUGAGGGGAAGGGGAAAGAGAAGAAGACUAAUGGCUUCUGGUGUAGGAUUUGGCGUGGGAAGAGGAAACUAUCAUAUGAAUGAUAAUGGGAAUAAUCAAAGGGUUGAGUAA